AUGAUCGGGUUAAAAAGUUUGAUCUGGACAACCCUUGCGGCGUCAGCCGUCGCGGCGCAGGCACCAUUGGACCUUGGAAGUGGCUUUAGUCUCUCCGUUAACCAGGAUGCCAACCACCUGGCAGUGACUGGUCAUAACCAGACCAUCUGGGAGACUGUCCCUGGUGCAGCCUUCUUAAGCGCGAGUGCGGGACUCGAUGAGAUUGUUGAUUCCAGUGGAAACUUCAAGAUUACCGACAUUGACAACAACAAGUGCACAUCUGAGCGAAUCACUCGUGUUUCACAGCGCGCAUGGAAGGAUAGUGUCAACGGUCACGCUGCAGUCGUGCAAGGCACCCUGUCGGGAUGUGGAAACGCCACCGCCGGAUUCUCGCUAGCCCUCUAUGUUCCUUUGGAGUUCCCUGACCGCGUUGCUUUCAGCAUCAAGGUCAACCCCAGCUCGGACGGUGCCCUGACCAAGCUGUUCUUCACCUACGCCUCCUCGCCGUCUGAGGACUUCUACGGUCUUGGUGGGCAGGCCUCAUUCGCGUCGCUGAAGAACCAGUCUGUGCCCAUCUUCUCUCGCGAGGGUGGUGUUGGCCGUGGUGACCAGCCUACUACCGAGCUCGAGAACGCCUACAGCUUCUUCUCCGGCGGUGACAAGUACAGCACCUACUCUGCUACUCCCCAGUACAUCUCUUCGAGUGCCCGUGUAUUCCACUUGACCGAGGAAAGCACAGCCUAUGCCAACUUCGAUUUCCGCGAUGCCAAUGCCGUUACCGUGCGUUAUGCUGCGCUAAACGUCGAUGGUUACUUUAUGCAGGCUAGCAACAUGCUUGAUGGAAUUACCAUGCUUACUGAAUACACUGGUCGCAUGCCUGAGCUUCCCAAAUGGGCCGACAGCGGUGCUAUCCUCGGUAUUCAGGGUGGUCAGACCAAGGUCAACCGCAUUGUCAACUGGGGUUUGAACAGCUCAUGCCCCAUUGCCGGUGUCUGGCUUCAGGAUUGGGUGGGUACCCACACCCAAACUGCUUCCUACCUGAAUGGUCUCACUGUUUCUCGUCUGUGGUGGAACUGGGAGGCUGAUUCCGACCUCUACCCUACUUGGAACAAGUUUGUGCAGAAUCUGCGCGAUCAGCACAACGUCCGCACCCUGUCGUACAUCAACCCCUUCAUCGCCAAUGUCAGCUCCAAGCCUGAUGGCUACCGUCGCAACCUUUACCUUGAGGCGACUGAGGGUGGCUUCAUGAUUCAGAACUCCACCAUCAACGACACUGCUGUUAUCUCCAGUGGCCCUGGUAUUGAUGCUGGAAUUGUCGAUCUCACCAACCCCGCUGCCUGGGCCUGGUUCCAGGAUGUCCUGACUGAGCAGGUUUGGAGUGCCAAUGUCUCUGGUUACAUGUGCGAUUUUGGAGAGUAUACUCCCGUCUCCUCUGACACCAAGUUUGGCAACAAGAACAUCGAUCCUCGCUUCUACCACAACCAGUACCCCCGUGACUGGUCUGUGAUCAACAACCAGCUUCGUGAGAACGUCUCUGCCGUUGCUGAUGCGCUCAUCUUCCACCGCUCAUCCUCCAUGUCAUCUAACCGCAAUAUGAACCUAUACUGGGUUGGUGACCAGAACACCAACUGGGGCGUCAACGACGGAAUCAAGUCUGCCGUCACUGUGCUGGGACACAUGGGUCUCUCCGGCUACGCCCACGGUCAUGUUGAGAUUGGUGGUUACACAACCACCUGGGACAGCAACGGCAUCGUCAACCGCUCCGCUGAGCUUUUGGGUCGUUGGGGAGAACUGUCCGCCGUUUCCAGCGCCGUCUUCCGCUCGCACGAGGGUAACGUUCCCGAAGUGAAUGCCCAAUUCUACACCAACGCCUCCACAUACGCAUACUACGCCUACAACGCUCGCAUGUUCGCCAGUCUGGGCCCUUACCGUCGCCAGAUCCUUGACACCGAAAGCAAGCACCGUGGCUGGCCUCUUGUUCGCAUGCCCGUUAUCUACUACCCCAAUGAUGUGAAGGCCAAGCAGAUUAGCUACGAGAGCUUCUUCCUCGGUGCUGACUUGUAUGUUGCCCCCGUUUUGGAUGCUGGCCGCAAGAGCGUGCGCGUUUACUUCCCUGGUCCGAGCGAGACGUACACACAUGUCUGGAGUGGGAUGACUUACAAGGGUGGUCAGACUGCCACUGUGUCCGCUCCUUAUGGCAAGCCUGCUGUCUUUGUUGUUGGUCAGCCUAAGCACAACAACCUGAAAGACUUCUUCGACUUCGUUCGCAAGGAGAACGGAACUGUUAUUCAUGUCUAG